CCGAGGAUGAAUGUGCUAAUCCCUUCAAAAAAUGCACAGUGCAGUCCUUCUCCCAGCUGCAGCAUUAUCUCUCCGAUCCCAGCAGCUAUACUCUGGACAUGUCAGCUGCCUUAGGAUGCCUCACGGCCAACUCCAACGAGCCCAUGCUUAAACUGGCCAAUUUGCAGUUUCCGCACAGAAGGAAAAGAGGUGCGGAGGUCCUGUCUGCAGAAUUUGUACACAAAACACAGUCUGAACCUGUUUGGAAGGAAACCUCAGCUCCCGACGAUCCUGGCUUGGAAACAAAGAGACCAAAGACACUGAAGAACCCAGACAUGAAAAAAGUUCCUGUUGCUGAGACUGUCACGAAGCCAGUGAAAAAGUGGAAGGAGCCAUCCUCUGUCCACCCGAGCGAAGUUUCUUCCCAAUGCCACGGAGCAGAUAGCCAAACAAGUGAGAUUUACCCAGGCGGGGCUGCUGAUCCCGGUUUUGAUCUGGAGAGGAAUGACUAUGAGUCCCACGCCUUGAACUUGCUGGCUGAUCUGGCUCUGGGUUCUUGUAUUCCUUCGUUUAUCCCCAGGAACAGUGGGAUGAUGGCUGUGUCCUGCAGCCCCUCCAGCGACUCUGCAAAGGAGCAGCAGAGUCAUCGCAAGCACAAAUCCUUGCGUGUUGCUUCCGACCACGAAUACCACAGGGUAGACAAGCUUGCAAAGGGAGCCACCUCUCCUAGCAAAGCAUCACCAAACCAGAAGCUUCCUCCUGCUGAAAAAAUAGACUUAAAUGACUUGGCCUCUAUUCCCAGGGAGAAAAGCCCCGGGAUUUUCAGCAAGAAGAACAGUGCGAGCCCCAGCCCUGCAAAACCCCAUGCGUUGCCUCCAAGAGAGACUCAAGAAGCUGCCGAGGUGAACAAGCACUCCUUCAUCUCUGCCGAGCACUCGUAUGCGUCGCAGCUGCCUGAGCACUCAAAGAAACACCUGUAUCCCAGAGGUGCCCCUUACCCUGCACCAGCACCUUCCAGAAACGGAACCAGGAACGCCCAAGCAGGACCCCUGGUUGGGAAAGUCCUGCCUUUCCGCCACCAGCAGAACAGCACCCACCACCAGCGGCCCUUCAAAGCUGUGACAAUGAGGCGCAGGAGCAGCCUGCUCUCCCCCAGGCUGAAGGAGGACUUCGCCAAGUCCCACACAGUGAACGUGUGCGGCGAGUCCGUGAAGGUGACGUGCCACUGGGAGACAGAGUAUCUCUUCAAUUUGGACAGCAGGUACACCAACGAUGCCCUGGAGAAAACCGUCAUCCGUGCCCUGCAUGGGCCCUGGGACCCUGAUCUGCCCGACGAUGUGGAUGAGAUGAAGCUGAUACUUCAUAUGUGGGUGGCUCUUUUCUACAGCAAACCCAGCAAAUUCCUGAGCAGCACGAGGAAGGUGGUGGAGCACAGCAACCCCGAGAAGUAUGUCUCAAUAAACAGCACUGGGGACUUUCUUGAGCUGAGUGAUGAUGGUGAGGAUUGUUUUGGGUUGGAGACGUGCCCUGCAGACUCUCGGUCAGACCCUGACCAGACUCCCAGCAGCUCUCUGGAUCACAGCACGCGUUGCCAGGGACCUUUCCGCCCAGAGGAGAGCCCUGCAGACUCUCAGACCGAUGCUGAUGGGGCUCCUGGUGUUGUCGAUAGUACGGUUUCAUCUUCUUCAGGGGAGCUGCCCUGUGGGGAGGAGGAGCCUUCCUCCACAAGCUGUCCCGGGAGCCUUUCCCUCACUGAACAUGCUGAUGAGGGCCUGGCUGUGAAAGACAGGCAGCCGGCGGUCAUUCCUGAGGAGCGUGUGCAUGAUGUCUCAACCAUCACUGCGGAGGAGCCGCCCAAGGAGGGGCUGCCGGAUGCUACGAUCGCCUCCAGCCUUUCCACCGAGCUUGCAUUUUCUGAAAGUGGUGAUGCCGACAUGGAGCAUGAAAACAGCGAGCAAAAGCCAGUGAAUUCAGCAUGUCUGAAGGACUUUGGCCUUCCCGAAGAGGGCUCGGUGCCCAGCCGCACUGCGUUGGCGUUCCCCUGCCCAGGCAGAUCAACACCAGUGCUGUUAGAUGGGACUGGGACUGGCCCUCAGGAGCUUCCUGGUGAGAUGGCACCAGGUCUGGACACGCUGCAGGAGCCCUGGGAGGCUCUGGCCACCUCAGGUGCAGAGACAAACAGUGUUGGUUUGGCACACCAACAAGCCAGUCCAGCCGAUCUGGGGUCGCCCUGUGACAGCGGAUUGAUGCUGACGUUACCAUCUGAUCCAAGCCUUGUCUGUGGGGCACAGCCAGACAGCAUUACAGGCAAUGUGGGAGCUGCCGGGGAGACACUCAGGGACAGUUUGGAGCAGAAAGACAAGGAUUGUGCGCCCUCUGCAGAAACAUGGGUGCCUGCUGGGAGCGAAGCUGCCGGCACAGCUGGUCUCGGGUCGCCGUUCGGCCAGGGACUGUCACUAACCUCGUCCCCUGACUCCAGCUCUGUCUGCUUCGCCUCUCUUGAUAGAGCAACAGAUCCGGGGGCUGCUCAAGAGGACCAGAAGGCCAUGGCAAGCAGCCAGUCUCCGUCCCAGAGUAGCCUGGGAGGGAGCAGCUGCCUCUCCCAAAAGUGCGGAGGCGACGUUUAUGCUGACCUCACUUUACUGAGCACCAGUGAAUCAAACCAAGAAGGGAGCGAGGUUUUGGUGGAAGAACAGCAUAGCAGCCCUUCUGCCAACCAGACAGAUGUGCUGGAUGAGUCCUUGGGAGCAGGUGAUGGCCAGGACUUCGCCUUCAACUGUACAGCCUUAGCAGGUAACUCUGAAGCUGGGGAGGGCGAUGAUGUGUGCAUCGAUGCAGAGAAGUCCCCCAGGAACGAUGAAACGAACGCAGGAAUGGUGAUGAGCCCACCGCAGGAGCCAGAGACCUCUCUUCAUGACCUGCUGGAAUCGGAGCCCUCCUCCCUGGUGAGAGAGGGGAUGUCUGCCAUGAAGGAGCACCCUAGGCAGCAGCAGAGCUCCCCAGACAGCCUGUCCCCACCUGCCCACGCAGGCUCAGCUCCUGCUUUUUCCCCCCAGCAGGACCCUCACACCCAUGGUGGAGAUGCAGACCCCGCCACGCACUUGUUAGAGCAAAGCAAGCAGGUGCCAGUCCUGUGCCAACAUGGGAGGUCCUGCGAGCAAAUAGGUGCUGCAGAAGUGAGUGUGGCUGCCAAGAGCCCGCAUGGCUCCUUAAAGCCCAGAUGUGCAGAAGAAGUGAAAAAAGACACAGGUCUGUGCCAUGUAGAGCCGGCGAGGAGCUCCCCUGUGGAUGUGCUUGUGCCAGAUGACCCAGGAUCGGUGCUGCCUCCUCCUCCACCUGGUCACAAGGCAGGUCUGCACAGCGCUGAGCAGAACUCAGUCCUUGAUGUGCACCCCAAGAUGCUCUCUCCUGGCAUGAGUCCGGUUCCAGACAGUGCCCCAUGGUCCUGUUGCAUGGGCACCUGCCCCAGGUGUGCCAGCCCUGGGGGCCAAGCAGUGGAUGCAGUAGGGAGCCACAAGAAGGAACCCAUCCUGCCUGAGGAUUCAGAAGGAGGAAGCGGCAUCCAUCUUGCCAGUCCCGCAUCUUUUUCAGCAGGGGAGUUGCUCAUGCCGUUGUGCGAGCCCCAGUCUGUGUGCAACCAGGGUGAGCACAAGGCCGAGGGAUCUGACGCGUUUGCUGAUCUGCACCAUGCCAGCAUGGAGGUGGGAGAGGAAGAAAUCCCCACUCUCCCCUUCCCGACGUUGCCGUUACUUGUGCACAGGGUGCUCUCUGGAGAAAGCCUGAAGCUUAGUGACACUGAGGAUAUUUCGGACGUGCUCCUGAGGGCAAAGCAGCUCCCCAGCAAAGACAGAUGCAUGGGCUUGACCUUUGAUGAUCUAUUUGAGACUUUUUCUGGCAACUCAGACCAGGAGUAUUCUGGGGAGACUUCCCGGUCCCUGCUUACAGCCAGGGGUUCCUACAGCACGAGAUCCACGGAUGCUGCAGGCACAAGGACUAACUGCAAUUCCCCCUCCACGAGCUCGGGGCACAUGGAGGGGUGCAGCGAGGACUGGAGCUUGCUGGGCAUGGAGCGGGGCUGCUCACAGGCUGAGCACUGCUGGUCACCUGGCCCGGGGGAAACCAGCAGCAGGCACGUUCCACCGUAUGUCAAUAUUAGGGACAGCCAGGGGAUUGCCAAGGACUACCGGAACUUUGUGGUCACCAAGAAGUGCCAGGAGAGCAUGGGAAAUUUGCAGACUUCGAAGAGGCACAGCCACUGUUCAGGGCAGUCUCAUUUGUUAAGGUCACUGAUAGGGACUUCGAGGGGUUUUGAGGAAAUCACCCAGCACACUUUGGACAUGGAGUGUCUCCGUUUCCAUUAUAAGCUAAAACAAAUCCUAAAGAGUGGGAAACCACCCUUUUCUACCUCCAAAAGCAUCUUUCCAAAAGACUUUUCUCCCCAGGCGAUGUCUGAGACAUUGUCUGUGCGAGAAGCUCCCAUCCCACUCUCCCCGCGGAGCAGGAGCCCUUUGCAGGUGACAGUCCUGCCCUCUGACACGUGGCCGAGCGGGCUUGGCUGCCACCAGCGAAGCAGCUGGCAUGGGGACCCGUGUACCCCGUGGCUGGACACCCUCUGUGACAAGAGGAGCAGGGCCAGAUCCCAGAGCCAGGGCUGCGCGGCUCCCUUCCACCUCAGCAAGCUCAAAUAUGAUAAUAAGCUAAAGGACUCGUGGGGAGACAUUGCUGUCAUCCUCGAUGAGUACGCCGAGUUCAACAGGGUGAUGCUGAGCAGGGCUGAGAUGGAGAGUGAGGGUGGAGGGCCGGUCCCGGCGCAUGGGGAGGCUGCAAGCAAGUGGACGUGCACGUCCCUUCCCAGGAGGAUAGCUGCCUUCGAGGAGAUGAUCGGGGACCUGUGCAGCACGCUGUGUUUCCACCUGCACAGCGUGGCCAAGGAGGCUUGCAGCCGCACCGGCAUGUUCUACCUGGUGGAGACGGGCAAGGACCCUUUCUUUGCAAAAGUGAAGACCUUGCUGAAGAAAGACGGCCACAUGGAGAUCGAGCCUCUGAGCUUCUGUGAAGCGAAACACCUGGAUGCUGACAGGCUGCUCGUCAUCAUCAGGAACGAGGACAUUUCCUCACAUAUCCACAAUGUCCCGUGCUUGCUGGAGCUAAAGCACUGUCCGAACGUGGUGUUUGCCGGAGUGGACAGCCCCGAAGAUAUAACAGAUCGCACGUACCAGGAGCUGUUUCAUACCGGUGGCUUCGUGGUGUCUGACAACGAGGUGUUGGAAACAGUAACGCUGGGCCAACUGAAAGAGGUAGUGAAGGUGCUGGAGAAGCUGAACAGAAGCGGGAGGUGGAAGUGGCUCCUUCACUACAAGGAGAGCAAGAAGCUCAGAGAUGUCAGGGUGGACGCCAAUGCCCGCAAGAAGCACUUAAUCCUCAAAUUGUGCCAAGGAACCGAUCUCAUCGAGGUGCUGCACUACCAUGCCUGUGACUCCGGGUCGUCCCCCAAGUCCGAGUACGUCAAGUGUUUGUUGAACCUGCAAGUUCAGCACGUUGGCGCCAGGUUCGCUGUGUAUCUCACAGAAAAGCCCAGCGUCAGCAGGGAGGUCCUUGAAAGCAAAGGAAUCCUUGUGGCCGACGUCAACACCUUCCUUGGGACGGUGCAGAAAGCAGCUGCCCCGUUUAGAAGAAGCUACUGGUAA